GAAAAUUGGUGAUACUCCAUGCAAAUUUUCUGCAUUUUAAAUUGGAAAUAAAUUGGGACGGAGACAAUAACUCAUGUGAGCGAGUCAUUUCAGCAUAUGCUGUCUUUGGAUCUUCUUUCUUUCUCCACACUAGGCGGUCCACUCUACUGCCCAGUUAGUGCGUCCGGCGUCCCCAUACCCAACAAUGUCAGACCUUGAGGCUCCCCUUCGCCCCAAGAGGAAGAAGGGUAUGGUGGACUUCCUUGUGCAGUUCAGAUGGAUCGUCGUAAUCUUUUUCGUCCUCCCAGUGUCCUUCAUCUACUACUUUGCCAUCUACCUCGGCGACGUGAAAUCGAACCUCAAAUCCUUCAAACGCCGCCAGAAGGACCACGAGGAGAAUGUCAAGAAGGUCGUGAAGCGUCUCAAAGAAAGGAACGCGUCCAAGGACGGCCUCGUCUGCACGGCCCGAAAACCGUGGGUCGCGGUCGGAAUGCGGAACGUGGACUACAAGCGGGCCCGCCAUUUCGAGGUCGAUCUGUCCGCGUUCCGGAACAUUCUAGACAUUGACACGGAGAGAAUGGUUGCCAAGGUUGAGCCUUUGGUCAACAUGGGCCAGAUAAGUAGGGCCACGGUCCCAUUGAACGUGUCCCUUGCGGUUGUUGCUGAGCUGGACGACCUUACGGUUGGAGGGCUGAUCAACGGCUACGGCAUAGAGGGUAGUUCACACUUGUACGGAUUGUUUUCUGACACUGUUGUGGCAUAUGAGAUCAUUCUAGCUGACGGGGAGGUUGUCAGGGCUACAAAGGACAAUGACUACUCUGACCUUUUCUAUGCCAUUCCAUGGUCUCAGGGCACCCUAGGGCUUCUCGUUUCGGCCGAGAUUAAGCUAAUACCGAUCAAAGAGUACAUGAAAGUGACCUACAAACCCGUGGUCGGUACCCUUAGGGAGAUCGCACAGGCAUACAUAGACUCAUUUGCACCUAGGGAUGGAGACCAAGACAACCCAGCUAAGGUUCCAGACUUUGUGGAAACCAUGAUAUACACUCCCAGAGAAGCUGUUUGCAUGACCGGCAGGUACGCGUCCAAAGAAGAGGCGAAACAGAAGGGGAAUAAGAUCAACAACAUUGGUUGGUGGUUCAAGCCAUGGUUUUACCAGCACGCGCAGACGGCGCUCAAGAAAGGGGAGUUUGUGGAAUACAUUCCGACCAGGGAAUACUACCACAGGCACACAAGGUGUUUGUACUGGGAAGGCAAGCUCAUCCUCCCCUUUGCCGACCAGUGGUGGUUUCGGUAUCUUCUUGGGUGGUUGAUGCCCCCCAAAGUUUCUCUUCUGAAGGCUACUCAAGGAGAGGCCAUUAGGAACUUUUACCAUGACAAUCAUGUCAUCCAGGACAUGCUUGUUCCUCUGUACAAGGUUGGAGAUGCUCUCGAGUGGGUUCAUCGCGAAAUGGAGGUAUACCCAAUUUGGCUAUGCCCACACAGGCUUUACAGGCUGCCAGUGAAAACCAUGGUGUACCCGGAACCAGGAUUUGAGCUGCACAGGAGGCAGGGAGACACGGGCUACGCCCAGAUGUACACAGACGUUGGGGUGUACUACGCGCCAGGCUCUGUCCUCAGGGGGGAGAUCUUUGACGGGUCACUGGCAGUUCGGCGCAUGGAGGAGUGGCUGAUUGAGAACCACGGGUUCCAGCCGCAGUACGCCGUGUCGGAGCUGUCAGAGAGGAGCUUCUGGAGGAUGUUUGAUGGGGGGCUCUACGAGCGCUGCAGGAGGAAGUAUAGAGCCAUAGGGACGUUCAUGGGGGUGUACUACAAGUGCAAGAAGGGGAGGAAGACGGAGAAGGAAGUGCAGGAAGCCGAACAGGAGAAAGCCCAAGUCGAAACCCCUGAUGUCGAUUGAUUAAACUCCUUGCAGGUUCUUGAUUCUGUGGCCGUUUGUUGUUUCUGUAC